AUGGACAAGUCAAAGAUAUCUUCUCUCCAAAAGAUUGGCUACUUUGGGUUUUCUAAGGUUAUGAUUGUGAUUGAUUUUCUCUUCGAGGCAACUUUUGUUGGGUUCAUGGCUGGUGCGGCAAUCAUAGUUUCAUUGCAACAACUGAAAGGGUUGCUCGGGAUAGUUCACUUCACCACCAAGAUGCAGAUAAUUUCUGUUCUAUCUUUUGUUUUACGGCAAAAAGAUGAGGAUCUAAAAUUUGAUAAAAGUUUUGGCGGACGCAACAAUCACUUCAUGCAAUGCAGAAGCAUAGAGUGAAGUUUGUGGAGUCCAAGAUGGGUGGAAAGUUCCCGGAGCAACUGUAUAUCCAUUACCAAGGUAAAUGCAGCCAUAGCUUGCUGAGACUCCCCCAUAUAUAGUAGCACCAGUCUUGAAUGACCACAAAAUAGUCCUGGUUUUCGCAUCCAUGGCGUAU